UUAAAAAACAACACACACUUGGUUAUCUCUCUCUCUCUGCUACUUGUGAAUUCAUAAUAGAUCAAUUCAAAGCCCCAUUCAAAAACACAGAUCAUAACUCUCUCUCUCUCUCUCUUCCCAAUUCCUCAUUGUAAAUCUAUUUCUCAGUCCCUUUUUUCUCUGGUUUUCUGUUAAUCACACCACAUAAAAAACCAAUCACUGACCCCUGUUUUUCUUCUUCGUCUUCGUCCUCCUAUUUAGGUACCCCUCUCUCUUUCUCUGUUCUCCUUAUACCCACACACCCCUCUUUCUUUCUCUCUCCAAAGUUUGAAACUUUGUGUCACAAACAUGAGCGGUGGUGGGUUUAGGGCUUCAAUUCCGAGCAGUGUCAGGAAGACGAUCCAGAACAUUAAGGAGAUCACAGGGAAUCACAGUGAUGAGGACAUUUAUAUAUAUGACCAUGUCAGCUGCUAUUUUCCAUCACGGCCAGUUGUAGAAAUAGUGGCAAAGACCUUCUUUGAGAAAAGAGGCGGGCAGUUAGUAUGUUUUACAGACACAUUUCAUGAGGUCAAAAGAAAGAGGGACAAAAGAAAGGAGAAUCUUAACAGCAGAGAGUCUGUGGAGCCACGAUGGAGGCCUGGUGCCCAAGGGAGGGGGCCUAGGGGUGGUCGGGGAAAUUUUUCACCUCAUAAUGCAUCUCAUGAUGCUGGAGGUAGCAAGAAUUCUGGCACGGCCAAAGAUGUUGGGACUCAUCAAGCAGCUGAGAAGGUUGCGACGCCUUUGCCAGCUGCUCAAGAGGAGCUAUCUAAAGAAAAAUGUUCUGGAACGAGCUCUGUGUCGACUAUUGCCAAUGGUCCUAAAACUGAAGGUUUUGGAACUACUAGUGGCGGGAGUCCUUUCCCGUCAUCAGCUGGAGCUGGAGAGAGAAUGGGUCCACCACCAGGUCCUACUAAUAAUUUGGGUAGUGCUUUGCCUUCUGAUGGUAGUUCACAUAAAGUUUCAACUGUUACAUCUGGAAGUGGGUCACUGCACUCCUCCGGUAACUGCUCAGGGUCUGGAUCUGCAUCUUCAUCAGCCGCAUAUUUCUCUUCUUCAGACCCGGUGCUGGUUCCAUCUAGUGAUUCAUGGGUUCCUGGUGCUGUUGGUGCAAUCAGACGUGACCUUGGUAGCCAACGUCCUCCUGGGGAGUUAAAUUCUGGUAACACUGGUGAGAACAAAGUAGUUGCUGCUUCUGAGACUGGUAGCUCUUCUGUGCAAGGAAAGAUUCAAGUCAAAUCUCAGGGAGUGACUAAAAAUCACCAUUCUGAGAUUUCAUCCACUUCAUCGUCAGCCACUCAUGGGAGUUCUUCAAAUAGCCGACCUUCCUCUAAUUACGGUAGCAGGUCACAACAAUUAAUUGGCAAUCAGAAAGCUGGUUCUACUAAGGAGUGGAAACCAAAGCCAACAAAUACGACCAAUCAGGGCUCUAGACCAGCUAGUGCAUCUGAGACUCGUGCCGUUUCUGCUGAGGUAACCGGGCAGUUAUCGUCUGCCCCUAGUUCCCUUGUCUCUGAAGAAGCUACUACAGAGCUGCAGAAGAAGCUGGAGGAUUUCCAUCUUCCACAGCGUCAACAUGUUAUACUUCCUAACCAUAUCUUUGUGCCCGAGUCUGAGAAGAACAAAUUUUGCUUUGGAAGUUUGGGAGUCACUUUUGGAGUCGAUACAAGCUUUGUUAGUGGUCCUGAGAGUGAAAAGAGUUCCACACCUCCUUCGGAAACAUCUCAGGCUGUUGAAGAGACGGUGGAUGAGCAGGCUUCAAGUCAAAAUGUUGCUGUUACAUCUGAGGUGGGAGAUUAUGCUGAUCAUCCACAAUCACCUUCUAAUGUUGCCGAAAAUUUGUCAUCCAAUGAGGUUGAUGGGUCUUCCAGUGCUAUGCCGGAGUAUAAUGAAUCCAAGCAAGACAAUUCUUUACCAUCUGGAGGUAAUCAAUACUCCGGGGUGCAUACUUCUUCAAAUUACAGUUUUGGUUUUGUGCCCCCAAUGUCUCUGAGUACACAGGCUGCCCCAUUUGACAAUUCUGAUUCGGAAACACGUGACGUUUCCCGGCUUCCUAGCUAUGUUGUCCAUCAACCAUUUGAUCCAACUAGUUAUUAUGCCCAGUUUUACCGCUCAGGGGCUGAUGGUGAUGGCCGUCUUUCUCCAUUUCCUUCUGCUGGGGCUGCUACAAAGUACAAUGGCAAUGUUGCAGUGUUGCCUGCGUCGAAUUCUCAGUCUCCACAAGAGGGAGGUGUCUUGUCCACAGCAGGUCCAACGCCGCUUGUGACCCAAGCUGCUGGGCUAAUGCAAAGCUCAAUAGCCGUUACUCAGCAACCUGUACCUGUUUUCAGACCACCAAGUGGGGUUCACAUAUCCCACUACCCUCCUAACUACAUUCCAUAUGGUCACUAUUUUUCGCCAUUUUACGUCCCGCCUCCAAUUCACCACUUUCUCGGUAAUGGUGCAUUUCCUCAACAACCUCAGGCCAGCACUGUGUAUCCACCUCCGCCAGCAGUGGCUGCCACAGCGAUGAAAUAUCCUCUUCCGCAAUUCAAACCUGGAGGAAAUGCAGCUAACCCAGCUCACCUUGUAAUGCCCGGCGCCUAUGGUGCAUAUGGCUCCUCGCCAGCCGGUUAUAAUCACAGUUCUGCAGCAUCUGCAGGGAAUUCAACCUCUAACGAGGAUCUUGGUUCAUCCCAGUUCAAGGAAAGUAAUGUUUACAUUGGCGGACAGCAGAGUGAAGGUUCUGCAGUGUGGGUGGCUGCACCUGGUCGAGAUAUGUCCAGUUUGCCAACUAGUUCAUUCUACAACCUCCCACAGCAGGGACCGCAUGUCACUUUCACCCCAACUCAGGCUGGCCAUGGCACCUUUGCCGGCAUUUAUCACCCAGCACAAGCAGUGACAGCUGCAACAGUUCAUCCCCUUCUACAACAAUCUCAGACAAUGGCUGGAGCAGUUGAUAUGGUAGGACCGGGAGGCAAUGUUUAUCAGCAGCCUCAGCACACACAGAUCAAUUGGCCAAGCAACUAUUAAGGUCAGGACAUGUUUCGUGAUGGAUAAAACCAUUUAUAUUAUGAAGUCCUUAUAUGGGGAAAAAUUUUGAGAAAAACUCCAAAAUUGUGGUUGGAGUUCCACAAGGACACGAAUGACAAUAAUUGGCUGCAUUUGAGUGUAACAAGGUGGGAAAAAUUUGCCAAUAGGAGCUUCUGAUUGCUUGGGUUGAUGACAUGAAAGGUAGGACACCUGUAACCGAUAUUGACAGUUAAAAAAAUUAGACGAGCUAGAAAAGAAACGUAUGCAGGCAUUCCCUUUUUGCUUUCGCUCC